AUGUGGAAGGUGGGAAUUGGCUCGAGGGGCGACUGGACAGUCCCCCCAGUCGAACUGAUCGCCAUCCGUAAAGCGACCGAAAUUCUCAAGAUGCGGACCGUGAACGAACCCGACAUGAGAAAGGCCCUGGGCAAGACCACUACCAUGAUCAGCGACAGCCAGUCAGCCAUACAAGCGAUUGCGAAUUCUCGAAACCUUCGUGUCUACGCAAACUUGUCACGACACCGAAGCCACCUUUUGACCUAA